AUGAUCAACACUCUUUUAAAACGUACAAAUAAUAACAAUCUUUUAUCUGUAUCUGUUGGCAUUAUUCGUAAUCAAAGUACUACUAGUAAUCAAGGACAAAGCUUUAAAUAUAAUCAGAUACACCGUCAACAUAAUCCAUCAUCUAAUUGGUACAAGAGUUAUACUCCAAUCUUUCAAGCAAAUAAAUUUCAACAACAACAACAACAACAAGGUCUAUCAGCUGCUAUUGCAACAGUCGUUGUAAAAUGGUUCUUGUAUCAAAGUGCUGCUGCCUUUUCUACAACUUCUCCUAAUCAAAAAAAGGCAAUCAAUGAACAAAAAACUGCUGCUUCUUCAAAUGAUAACACAACAAGUGUAGCUCCCGAUGUUAAUAAUAAUAAUAACAACAACAACAAUCAAGCCACCACUUCAACUACCUCUGCUACUACUACUACUACUACUAGUAAGGUAGAAGAAAAGAAACAACCAUCAUUUGAGAUUGGUGAUAUUGAAGAUAUGAAUAAGAAAUGUGGAUUCUGUCGUCCAGAGAUGGUAGCACCUGAUAAAUCACCAGUGGCCCACUCUAUCCACGAGUAUGGUCGUCACUACUUUAUUUGUGCUGGUUUCCCAGCCGUCGAUUUCCCAGCCAAAUUUUUCACUGCAUCAGAAGCUUUGGAACAAAUCGGAGCUGCCAUCAAGAGCCACGAUCGUGACCAAUUGGUUCCAUCCAUUUUCAAUGGUUGUGAUGCUUCCUCUUCCUCUUCCUCUGAUACUGGUAUCGACCUUUUGGUGUUCCCAGAAAACAUUAGAUUGGUUGGAAUGAAUCAAGAUCGUCUUGAACGUGUCUUGGAUUUCUUCUCAAAGAACAAGGCUAUCAAUGAUCAAUUCCCACAAGAUGUUAAAAUUGAAUCUUUCAAUGAAAAAUUCAUUUUUGUUUGUGCACACAAGUUAAAAGAUGAGAGAUGUGGAUAUUGUGGACCCAUUUUGGUUGACCAAUUAAAGGAAGAGAUCAAAGAGAGAGGAUUGUCCAAGGAGAUUCAAGUCUAUGGAACCAGUCAUGUUGGUGGACACAAGUUUGCAGGAAAUGUAUUGGUAUUCCCACCAGGUCAUUGGUAUGGUUAUGUUACUCCAUCUGAUGUAUCUGAAAUCAUCGACAGUGCUGUUGCAUCUACCAGAGUCAGUCGUUUAUUACGUGGAACUAUGGGUGAACCAGUAUUAAAGGAAAAGAAAAAGGAAAGACACUAA